AGAGAUUAAGAGCAACAGAUGGUCAGCCACAUCAAGCACAUGGCUAAUAUUGGAUAUGAGUAUUCAAAAUCUGACGUCAAGUUUCUCGCUGGAGAUUUUGCAAAUGCUUUAAAAAUAAAUCUCCAAGACAAUAAACCACUCUGUGACAUCAUAGAGCAGGGUGACGUCUGGUAUUCUGGUUUUUCAAAGCGUUGGCCAGACUUACAAUUGGUAUUAAAGCCCAAUCAAGAAUCCGAAGCAAGAUAUGCCUCACAAGACAAAACAGACAACUACUUCAAGGAAUUAGCCUAUAUCCUUGUCUCAAACGAUUUGCUUGAAUCUCCCAAAUGCAUCUAUAUCAUUGAUGGAUAUUUCCUCAGCAAAGAGCAUUCUCCGCCAGAAAGUGCGUUAAAUGUCGGCGAAGAGAAAAAUAGGCCAGAAAGUGCAUCAAAUGUCAGCAAAGAGAAAACUCCACCAGAAGGUGCGUCAAAUGUCGGCGAAGAGAAAAUUUCAACAGAAAGUGCAUCAAAUGUCAGCAAAGAAAAAAAUCCAACAGAAAGUGCAUCAAAAGUCACCACUAAACCGGAAGCAGUUAUUGAGCAGUCAGUGACCAUCAUUGGGGGAGGCAAUGCCAGCGGUUAUCACAUUCCUCCGUAUUUUGUGAUCCCUUACGGUUGGAAAGAUACGUAUCUGGAGGGCUCUCCUUCAGGAUCAGCCGGUGCUGACCAAGGCUGGAGUAACUCGGAUGUCCUUAAGAACUAUCUCCAGAAGCAUUUUGCAAAGUAUGCUUAUAAAAAAGGCAAGGGUACAAAGACAUUGGUCCUGUAUGACGGCAACAAGUACCACCUCUCUCUGUUUAUGGCAGACUGGGCCAAGAAGAAUCAGGUGAUUCUCUUUCCGUUACCACCGAAGGGAAGUCAGGUGACUGAGCAACAAGACGAUGGGCUGUUGGGCCUGUUCAAGUCCAUUUAUUCCACCGAGUGUCAACUUCAUCGUGCAAAUAACCCCGACACCCAAAUUACGAAGCAUAACUUUGCCAAACUGGCGGCCAAACCUUACUUGGUAGCAAUGUCUCCAUCCAACCUGAAAGCUGUAUUCCACAAUGCUGGUAUAUAUCCAUUUUCACAUGUUCAAGAAUGCACCAGUGGAGAUUUUCAGGUUGCACACGCUGCUGCCACCAUCUCUGUCUUGUCAGAUGACGUCAAGGGGGAAGUGGAACGCCACAAUUCAGGUGGCAUGGAAACCUAGAUCCUGAAGUCUACCACGAUCUCAUCUCCCCUGCUUGACCCUUCAGUAAGCACCUCAAGUAGCAUCUCGCCAGACGGUAAACCAUAAUCGGAAGUGGAUAAGGCCAACAGCACCAGCCAUCAAGCACUGCAGCAGCCUGAUCUUAGUCAAAUAGACCCAAUGUGAUAAGUGUGAACACUGGACUCAUCUAGGUCUAAUUUCAUGGCUCUGCUACAGAAGCAGGAAAUUCGGGGCUUACGUCAAUCGUAUUUCCCGCUGACACAGCUAGAGCAGAAAUUCAGCACUUGCAUAGUAAGCGGAGAAUAGUGAUCGUAAGCAGAGAGUUUAGCAGUAAGCAGAGCCAUAAAAUCAGGCCUUAUCCUUUUGUACUUUAAUAUCAGUAAUGCAACCUGACAGUCUGCCCUCAUGGCUGGGGCAAGUAGAGAUUCAUGAAUUUCUGUUUACACGAGUCACAGGCCUGGAAUUUCACUGAGAUCAUGGUCAAUGUUGCCCUGGACUUGGCCUUGGUGCCCAUUUAAAAGUCACCCAGAUAAGGUUUUCCAAUGGGAGUACCUUUGCAAAGUGAAAAAGGCCCGGCCCUUUCAAAGAUGAAAUUCCAGGCCCGGAGUGCAAUAUAGUUUGUUAGGCAUUUUUGUGGUUUGGUUUUGGGUGGUUUUAAUUUUUUGUAUUGGUAACUAUGGGUGCGUUCGUUUAGC